AUGUCGGUGUGUCUUGAGAACGUCUCCAGUGCCGUGGCCCAGCUCUGUGUCAUGAUGGUGCAGGACAGAAUGUUGCCAGUCCCCAGGCAAAUCAGAGAAACAGAUGCUCUUCUGAGUGCUCAGAACAGCCUGAUCGGGAAACUGAAGGAGGAGUGUCAGAUGCUCGGGGCUAAGCUGGAGGAACUGGCCCAGAGCAGAAGAGCGGAGAUGGAGCAGUUGUCUCUGGAGAAAGAGCACCUGCAGGAGAGCGCUGAGAAACUGCGAGGUCGUUGUGAAGAGAUGGAAGAGCAGUGUGUGCAACACGGGAGGAUGCACCAGCGCAUGAAGCAGAGACUGCAGCAGCUGGACCAGCACUGUCAGGCCAGUUCCCAGCAAGUGCUGCAGCUCCUCAGCCGACAGAAGCAGCUCAUGCAGGAGCGCCAGCAGCUCGCUCACGACAUGCACAACCUGCAAGCCCAGGUGCGUGGUGAGAAGAGAAUGGACACGCUGGCCGUGUGAGGGCCGUCUCCAUGAGGUCAUGUGAUCAGUCAUAAAGUGAGAACCGAUCACUGUGAUAUUCCAUAUAACCACACAAUGAAAUGCAGUGAGAGGAGUCAAAAAUCAAAGUUUAAUUAUUUUAAAUAAAUAGUAAAUAAAAAGCAUAUGAGGAAAUGUGGCUUCAUAACUGGGCAUGACUGAAUGGCUGUG